GCGCUGAGACACAGGCCUUAAGCAGAGGGGCUUUUGUUACAGCUAGAGGGAGGGAGACGGCUAUAAUAAAAUAUAUGGGAGCCAAAUUUCCCUAGGUCUGCAGGAGCAUCCCGCAAAAAAACGGGGCCUCUCCCGAUUCACAGCCACACAUCCUAUCAUGGGGAUCGACACACGACUGAUCUAGCCCCGUUUUUCUCCCAAACAGCGGAUCAGAUCUCAGAAACGUGGAGUCAUAGGUCUUUGUGUUGAUAUAUUUAUGUUAACUGCAGCAGGGAUCCAGUUUAUUUGCUGUAUUUGUUUAGAAUGGAACACGCUGAAGCAGGCCCUGUAAGAAAAAGGGAAACUUAAGGAUGCUGGAGCAGAACAAUGGAUUUCUCCUUCUCUUUCAUGCAAGGGAUCAUGGGAAACACAAUUCAGCAACCCCCUCAGCUUAUUGACUCCGCUAACAUCAGACAGGAGGAUGUCUAUGAAGCCAUCAGUGACCCAGGAGAUGAUGGAGGACAGCAAAACUUUGAUUCUCCUCUGGAGUCCGGCUUUUCAUACCCAGCUGAAGACGUCCCAGUCAUUACAAAUGGUUACCCUACGGGUGUAGGUACCUAUGAGCAACAGGCCAAGUUUGCCUUGUACUCUCAGUUCCCCAAUGGUUCAGCUAAUGGCUAUGGUGCCAUACGAAACUAUGGAGAUCACAGUUUGCUGCUUGGUGAGGGCACAGUAUUGAGACCACCAGUGGUCCAGGAAAAACCUCAAACUCACAUCUCACCUCCAUCUCAUUCCCAUCAUCACCAGCAGCCUCAUCAUCCACAUCACCACCACCAUCAGCAGCAGCAGCAACACCACCCACACAACCCACCUCUGUUACCUCACCACCACCACCACCACCCACCUCCUGCCUCGCACCUAAUGCCUCAAGUCCUGCCACCUCCUCCUCCCUUGCUCUUACCUUCAUCUCCACCCCUUCUCUCACCUCAAGAAAGCACCAUCUCCAACCCCAUUGGGCAACCCGUCAACACCAUCAUCACCACCACUCCUAAAAAGACCAGCUCCCCAGAGAUCAAAUUAAAGAUCAUUAAGACCUAUCAGAAUGGCAGGGAGCUCUUUGAGUCCUCGUUGUGUGGAGACCUCCUGCAGGAGUUUCAGGCCGGCGAGGAUUCCAGGAGACAACAUGAGCAGAAGAAGGAGAAGAGGAAAAAGAGAGGCAGCAGACAUGGCGCUGGUCAUGAAGAAAGCCAACAGCCAAGCAAAGUUGAGGAGGAGCGGUCAGUUGUGGUGCACAACCCUGUACAGACCACUGAAAGUCAGGUCGCUUUCAGAGAAGAGCAGCAGCCACAGUCAAGCCUCAAAAGCCCCAAAGCAGAACUCAAGGAGCAGAAGGUGGAAAAGCACUGUCCUUCGGUCAUCACUAGCACUGGCACUUCUCAAGAGUAUGAGAUUGGUGACUUGGUGUGGGCAAAAGUUGGGACGUAUCCUUGGUGGCCAUGCAUGGUGUCAUCAGACCCACAGUCGAACGUUCAUACACGUAUUAAUACAAGAGGUUGUAAGGAGUACCAUGUGCAGUUCUUUGGAAGUGUCCCUGAGAGGGCCUGGAUCCACGAGAAAAGAACUGUGGUGUACAAGAGUGAGAACCAGUUCGAUGAGCUGCAAGCAGAAACGCUGCGCAAGAGUACCAACCCUACAGAGAAACAAAAGCUGCUGAAGCCUCAGUCCCAAAAGGAGCGUGCCCAAUGGGAAGUGGGUGUGGGUCAUGCGGAAGCAGCUCUUCAGAUGACAAGAGAGGAGCGCAAUGAGAACUACACCUUCAUCUACAUUGACAAGGAACCUGGAGCUGAUGCUGAAACUGCUGCUGCUCCAGCUCCUGCACCUGAUUCUGCUCCUACUGCUCCUACAGACACUGUGACCUCACCAAAAGCGACUGCUAAAAACCGUCCUGAACGUAAACAGAGACGCUCUAGAGGCAGUGCCGGAGCAAAAGAGGAGCCUAUUCCCCGUCGGCAGCAACCACGGAGGCAAUGCAGCAUGAAUAGUGUUGGAGAAACAUCAUCUCCCAAUCAAGGAGAGGAUGCUAUGGAGCAGGAGCAACCCUGCAGUCCUCCCAAACCUGCCCCCCGGCCAAAGGAACCCUCUCCACCUCCCGUCCGGACGCCGUGGAGAACUGCCGCAGCUCGCAAGCUUCUCCCGCUCUCCAUUACCAUGAAGAAACUCAAUGUGGAAAUCAUCAAAUGCGACUGGCAGCUCCCAAAACAAAAGGUGGAGUUACCCAAGAAGACCGAGAGUGAGGAGAGGCCCAGCAGUCGUGUUAAGUCACCGGAGGGCUCCAGUAAUAAAGCAGAAGCAGAGACGUGUUCGAGUGAAGAGGAGCGAGCUGCGUCUCCAUCAGGAUGGAGUGACCAGGAACACACUUCAGCAGAGCAAUCCACAGAGAGAAAGCAGCAGCGGCGAUCAGUGCGAAGCCGCUCUGAGUCAGAGAAGAGCGUGGAGCCAGUGCCAAAAAAGAAAGUGAAAAAAGAACAGGCUGAAACGGCACCUCAAAUGGAUUUUAAAACCGGGUCACAAAAAGGAGCCAGUGAGAUCUCAGACUCAUGUAAACCACUGAAGAAACGCAGCAGAGCAUCUACUGAUGUGGAGAUGGCCAGCUCUCUCUACAGAGACACUUCUGACUCUGACUCCAGAGGCCUCAAUGACCCGCAGACUGGAUUCGGGAAACGCUCAGACAGUCCUGCUACAGUAGAUGCAGAUGGAUCUGAUGCGCAGUCUGUGGACUCCAGCCUAUCCCGUCAAGGAGGAAGCUCCUCCAAAAAGGACACAGUUUGCCAUGUGUGUGAGACGUUUGGGGAUUCUUUGGUAAGCUGUGAGGGAGACUGUAACAGGCUGUUUCAUCCAGAGUGUAUGGGAUCCAACAGUGGAAAAGAGAGUGAAACUGUGUGUCAGGAGUGCAAGACAGGUUCCCACCCUUGUUUCUCCUGUAAGGUCACGGAGGGUGAUAUGAAGCGGUGCUCAGUAAACGGUUGUGGACGUUAUUACCAUGAAACCUGUGUCCGGAAGUACACUGGCUCCGCCUCUGACACCAAAGGCCUGCGCUGCCCUCAGCACAGCUGUGCCACUUGCUGUCUCGACAGAGACCUUCAAAAAGCUGGCAAAGGUCGUAUGAUGCGAUGUAUCCGCUGUCCAGUGGCCUAUCACACAGGAGACGGCUGUGUGGCAGCUGGCAGUGUUUUGAUAACACCGCACAUCAUCAUAUGUAGCAACCACUCCAGCUCCAGAAAGAACGGACACUUUUCUUCUCCUGUAAACGUAGGCUGGUGUUUCAUCUGUGCUCGAGGGCUUUUAGUGCACGACCAUACUGACACCAUAUUAAGUUCAUAUACCUUUAAGUCGCACUACCUUCUGACUGAGUCAAAUCGUGCUGAGUUGAUGAAAUUACCUAUGAUUCCUUCUUCUUCGUCAGCUACCAAAAAGAAUAUUGGGAAAGGAGGAAGACUGUUGUGUUGCGAGGCCUGUCCUGCCUCGUUCCACCCUGAGUGCUUGAAAAUAGAGAUGCCGGAGGGGACGUGGCUGUGUGGCGAAUGCAAAUCGGGCAAGAAGCCCCACUAUAAGCAGAUAGUCUGGGUCAAGUUGGGCAACUACAGAUGGUGGCCCGCUGAGAUCUGCAACCCUCGCCUGGUUCCCUCCAACAUCCAGAGCCUGAAGCAUGACAUUGGUGACUUUCCAGUCUUUUUCUUUGGAUCCCAUGACUAUUACUGGAUAAACCAAGGCAGAGUUUUCCCCUACGUUGAAAGCGAUAAGAACUUUGCAGAGGGACAAGUCGGCAUCAAUAAGACAUUUAAAAAAGCACUUGAAGAGGCAGCAAAAAGGUUCCAGGAAUUAAAAGCACAGCGAGAAACCAAGGAGGCCUUGGAACAAGAGCGCAACUCUCGCAGACCUCCACCAUACAAACUUAUAAAGUCCAACAAGCCCUUUGGGAAGGUGCAGUUGCAUGUCGCUGACCUCUCUGAAAUCCCACGCUGCAACUGCAAACCUACAGAUGAGCGUCCAUGCAGCCAGGACUCACAGUGCCUGAACCGCAUGCUGCAGUAUGAGUGUCACCCCCAGGUCUGUCCCGCCGGCGACCGCUGCCACAACCAGUGCUUCUCCAAACGCCUCUACCCCGACACUGAGGUCAUCAAGACCACCGGCCGAGGAUGGGGACUGAAGACCAAGCAGGAUCUCAAGAAGGGUGAUUUUGUCAUGGAGUACGUUGGCGAACUGAUCGAUUCGGAAGAGUGCAAACAACGAAUAAGAACCGCUAAUGAGAACCAUGUGACCAACUUCUACAUGCUGACCCUGACAAAGGACCGUGUCAUCGAUGCUGGACCCAAAGGGAAUUUGUCACGCUUUAUGAACCACAGCUGCAGUCCGAACUGCGAGACUCAGAAGUGGACGGUGAACGGAGACGUGCGGAUUGGACUCUUCACCUUGUGUGAUAUCUCUGCUGACACAGAACUGACCUUUAAUUACAACCUGGACUGUCUGGGUAAUGGGAGGACAUCCUGCCACUGUGGCUCUGAGAACUGCAGUGGUUUUCUUGGAGUCAAGCCCAAGAGUGCAGUGGUUAUGGAGCGGGAGGAGAAGGUGCGCAAUGCUAAACUGAAGCCCAAGAAGCGCAAGCUGAAGACUGAAAGCAAGCAGACCCACGAGCUUUACUGCUACUGCUGUGGUGAAGGAGGAGAGCUGGUCAUGUGUGAUAAAAAGGACUGUCCGAAGGCUUACCAUCUCCUCUGCCUCAACCUGAGCAAACCUCCAUAUGGACGAUGGGAAUGCCCCUGGCAUCAGUGCAGUGUUUGCCAGCGCACCGCCACCUCUUUCUGUCACUUCUGUCCCGCUUCCUUCUGCCGAGAGCAUGAGAGAGGACAGCUGGCAGUGUCUGCGCUCGACAAACAGCCCUGCUGCUCCAACCACGACCCCAAGAGACCCUUAGGACCCCAGGCGAACCGCAGCCAGGUCACUGUAAAGAAGGAGCCACUUGACGGCAACGCCAAUGAGGAAGAGGAAGAGGAGGAGGAAGAAACAGGAGACGGGGAGUGAUUUGGCCAAAGCUUCAGAAAACCACAUCAAGUUCCACGAAAGUUGAAAGUAGUCGACACAUGCAGCUCGCUGGUCCACUUCUCAAUUAACCCAAGUGGACUCGAUGAACCGGUUUGAUUCAUUCCAAAUCUGGUAUGAAUUUUUUCAAACAUAUCACAAUUUACGGCCUCACGUCAAUUUCAUACGGGCUUAUGUAACAACGUAAGCGACUCAUUUCUGGUUUUAUAAGCAAAAUUUCACAGCUAAUUUUCAGACGUGCUUUGUUUCGGCAAAAAACACAAACAAAACGCCUCGGUUAAAAGACGCCUUCAGCGGCAAGGUCAGUUUCCAUAUAUAUGGUACUUAAAAAAACACUCUAUAAACACUUUAAACCAAGAACUUUAUUUAUGUACCUCAUGUAAAUAGCAAAGACUGUUGUAAUAUGUGUCGGGCGCAACCGUUCGCCCCUCGCCGGUAGGAUUUCACUACAUGUCCAAAUACGAGCCUCUCGUGUAACAUCGAAAUAAAACAAAACAACGACAAAAAAAAUGAUCGAUUCAAAAGACAUACGAGGUUUGUUCAACUGCCGCCCCAUUCCAGUGAGUUUGUGAUUUGUAAGAUAUAUAAUCAUUAAUAUAUUUAUGUCGAUGUUUACAUCCAUUCACAAUGUACAGUAUUAUUCAUCUGUAUUAGUCAAUUUGAUAUCACUUAUCGUAUUGUUGUAUAUGUGCCCUUUUUGUCAGCGAAAUUACAUUAUUGCUUGGCCGGUACUGUAUUGCCGUCAUCUUCCGCUCCAUCGAGUAAAGACGCAGCGUAAUUAAAGAGUUAAAAGUGUUAGUAAAUAACCAUCGGCCGCCGACAAGAUCAGUUCUGACGUGUACAACAGUAACGUUUGACGGUGUAGUGUUAAACCACAUAUACUCCAACACUGCCAUGUGUCUUAAACAGAUAUUUACCAUUGUGAGUAUUGACCAGGUGCCAGUGCGUAAUUUCACACACACACACAUGAGGAACGCUUAUCAUUUUUACAAGCAGCGCAAGUUGUAAGACUGUGAGUACAAUCUUUAAUGUGAUUUUGUUUUCCCGAUUUGUUUCAAUUUUCAUUUUCCCGAGUGUAAAUAUCCGCCUUUCUUAUUUUGGUUUCACACCUACUAUAUUGCUGUACAGUCAAGACUCAUUUCAAAGAUUUUUGUUUGGUAUCUCUUUCGGAUUCUGUUUAGUUGUGAUGACUUUGCUAAACUAACGUGGAAGAGGCUGUACAACUGACAGCAGAGUGUAGCAUAAUCCUCUGUGUGAUUUGUACUUGAUGUGAAUCUACUCAAUAGCUUUGCCUGUGCUGUAAAGUGGAACUGUUACUCUCUAGUUACUGGUAGCUGUGCGGAUGAAGACUAGAUCUCGACGGCUUCGGCACAUGGGCUUCGUAUACGUAAUAUUUAGUCAUUUCACCAUGAACUUUUUAUAGACCACAGUACAAGUAUUAUAUGUGAGACGCCACCACCAGUAUGUUUGUCACUUUAUGGAAAGGAGGGAAAGCGCUGCAAGUUUCAUUUUACUUGAAUCAUGAUGCCCAUUCUGCCUUUGUUCAUUUCUAUAUUUAUUCUUAGUUUUUUUUUUUUUGGUCUCAAUGGAGUGUUAUUGAAGGAUAUCAGUGGAAGCUUCUCUCUGCCACAGAAUUUAAAAAAAGAAAUGAGGUUACUGUGAUUUGGGUGCUCGCUGCAGAGCUUACUUGGGUGGAGCUCACUCCAAUGAGGAUGAGUUUGAGCUCCAGCUCCUCCUCCUAGAAGCUGUUUUGAUGUGUACACCUACCCCGCCUCUAACCCCAAUCCCCAGUGACCUCACUUGUAGAAGAAGUGCUGCAAAGAGGAGCUGGAGCUCUGCCCAUGUAGCUCUACAGUGAGUAUCACUUAGAGAUUUCACAAUUCUAGCUUUUUUCGGUAUUACUUUAUUUUAAUGGUCCCUUUUAACGCUUUUUUGUUGAAUUGAAGUUGCAUUGCAUAUACAUGCAGCUAAUUCUCUAUAGAUUAUAAGUAGACUGUGAGGUUAGUGUAAGUUAAUGUACUUGCAAAGUUUCUUAUAGUCAGUUAAAUGUCUGUUGAAAGAGCAGUAUCAACAAAGCAGCCAGUCUACUAAUACUCAAAUGACGAGUAAUUGGCAAUGCAACUUUGGUCAACAAAAUGUGCAAUAGGAACCAUCAAAAUAAAGUUUUACUUUUUUUUCCUUUGACAAAUCAGAGAAAAAUGUUAAUUGUGAAAAUUAAAAAGAGUAAAUGUGAUUUCUUCUAAUUAAAAAAUCAGAUUUCAAGGGUUAAAAUUCAAAUUUGCCACUUUUAAUGCCAAGCAUUUGAUUAUUUCUCACAUUUCUGACGUUUUCCCUUCACAUAUAAAUUUCAUUUUGUUUGUUUGUUUGUUUGUUUUUUUGUCUUGCAAAUCAAACUUCAAUUGUUUUUAGGGUUGUAAGUUUGUUUCCACAAUUGAUCAUUAUCAUCAUCAUAUGGCUAAGAUUUUACCAUUAUGAUUACAAAAAGCUAAUGAACUUAAGUUACAACCCUGAAAAUAAUUCAAAUUUGAGUUCUUUCCAACUUUGGGUUAACUUCACUUAACUCACCGCAAAUGUAAUCAGAAUUGACAGUCAGAUCUACAUAACAACCUCAGAAUUGUAAUCAAAAAGUAAUGCAAUAAAUCUGCCAAAUUAAAUUACAGUUCUGAGGUUGUUAUGCAGAUCUGACUGUCAACUCUGAUUCAGUUUGAGGAGAGGUAACUGAAUUUAACCGAAAGUUGGAAGGAACUCAAAUUUCAAUUGUUUUCAGGCUUGUAAGUUUAUUAACCUUUUCACAAUUCAUCAUAUUGCUGAGAUUAUAACUAAUAAUUCUGUCAUUUUUACUCAAUUGUGACCUGCCUUCCUCUCAAAAACCACAAUUUCAAUUUAGUUUUGUAUUCGCUAAUAAGAGUAAACGUUAUUUCUUCAAAUUAAAAAUCAGAUUUCACCAGUUUGAAAUUCAGAUUUGCAACUUUAACUUUACCAUUUCUAAUUUUUUCUAAGGUUUUCACUUCAUAAUUCAGAUUUUCAUCUGCAAGUUUUUGUCUUGCAACUCAAAUUUCAAUUGAGAAAUUAAGUGAAGUUAACUUAAAGUUGGAAGUCAGAAUUGAGCUUAAAAAGUAACAAUUACCCAUUUUAACACCAAUUCCUUCGCAGAAACCAGCUUCCAUUGAUAUCUGUGCUAGAUUCUUGCAUCCGACGACAAAUAUUAGAAAUCUUGUUGAUUUACUGCCAAACUGAGAUUUGUAUGUUUAUGAAAAUAUCGUAUGCUCUUACUUGCAUCUGCAUCUUUGAAACAAGGAAGGCAUUUUGGGUCUUUUUUCUUCUUUUUUUGCUUGUUUAUCUUCUGAUAUGUGAUAUUUUUAUAGUUUACAUUUAUUUUUAUAUAGCUUGCUUUUAUUUUUAAAAAUCGUAGGCACUUUUGUUCUUAUAAUACCAAUGUUUGCCCUUAUGUUUAUAACGUAAAAUAUCAAGAAAAUGCAGUUGGCUGGUUUGUUAUGCCUGGUCACUUUUGGUACUAUUCAUUUUACUUUUCUUCUUUGUAUGUUUCAUCCAACAUGGAUAAUCACUAGAAAUUGCCAAUGAUAUUUUUAUCAUCGGUUUUUAACCCAUGCGGGACGUCUUUUUUUUUUGUGACAUUUUCUUCAAUCACUGAUCUGACUGUAACUGAUUAUCGAUUUUUCUCCACAUCAAAUGUUAAAAAGUGUAUUACCUCCAUUGAUUCCAGUGUUUAGUGUCAGUGCACUGUAUUUUGUGUACAUUUUCUUUGUGUAUUUAAAGGUGUCAUUAUCAUUUUGUGCUAUCCGAGCAUGUUCUUUGUGUUAACUAAAUUUACUAAAGGCGGUGUCCUACCAGCUUACACUUUGAUUUCCGUGUACUGAUUUCACAUUCCUUUUAAAUAGACUGUUUACUAAUUCUUGCUACUGAGUUACAGAGUUUGUGUAAAGAUUAAUGUGUUCUUGUAAUAUUUUUCACCACGCGCAUUGAAAUACCAUCACACACUCCAACUGAAUAAAACGUAUCCUAAAUGAUAUGGCUUGGGUAGAAUGUAUGUCCUCUCCAAGUUUUCUAAUGAUGUACUUCAUGGAUAGUAAUUUUUUUGGCUAUGUUAUUUAGCCUGUGUCAUUGCAUUGUGUAUGAGAAUGAUGCUUGAUCAAUUGUACAUAGUCGGAAAUGAAAAACAAAAAAUGAAAAAAAAAAAAAAACAACACCAACAGAACUCCAUUGUCAUUAUAUUGUAGUGUCAUAAGAAUGCUUGUAAUAUUGCUUCUGAAUGUUUGUGAACGUAGAAAACAUUUUGUACAUUUUCUUUUCUUGUAUUUUAUUUGACCAACUUUUCAGAUGUAUUUCUUCAGAAUUCAUAAACUAUUCUGAGAGUACUUUAAGCGACAUUCCACAGAUUUAAACGUUUUCAGACUUGCCUGGUUUGACUUCAAUAAACUGUAAUGAAUGUUCAACUGUU